UUCGAAUUCAUUCGGAGCCGGCGUGGCGCCGCGCGGCGAUUCGCAAUACACAACAGCCGGGAUUUCAAAUUUUGCGUACGGCCGAAAGUUGACUGUUUAUUCGCAGUGUAAUUUUCACAUGUCGUUUCCGUUGCACUGAGUCGCGGAAUACGGCGAACUGCGAGUCACGAAUUACGAUUUCCAGUUGAACGACGUCGCUCGUCGCCGACGAUUUCCACAUAGCGUUCAACGGUCUCCCCGCGCGCCGCAGCUUCGGCGACAUUGCUGCGACAAUGCAACUCUGACAACGUGCACGAAUGAAGGGCAGCGUCUUCCUGCGGAUGAUCAGUCGGGGCAAACAAGUGGUUUCGCGCCGAUACAUAAGCCUUACGACCAUGGCGAAAAGUAAGUUCGAGUAUGUGAAGGAGUUUGAGCGGGACGACCAUUGUUUGCCGAACUGCUGGAUUGUGGUUAGAAUAGACGGCAGGAAUUUCUCCAAGUUUUGCGAGACACAUCAAUUCGUCAAGCCGAACGAUGUAGCCGCUUUGGAGCUAAUGAAUCGCGCCGCGAUCACCGUUAUGGAAGAUUUUAAGGAGAUCAUAUUAGGCUUCGGUCAGAGUGACGAGUACUCGUUCGUUUUCCGGAAAGACACGGAGCUCUACAAACGCAGAGCAUCAAAACUAAUGUCAAAUGUAAAUUCUCUAUUCACUUCGGCUUAUGUAUAUCAUUGGCCACGCUUCUUAAGAGGUAAAGAAUUGUAUUAUCCACCUUCAUUUGAUGCUCGUGUUGUAUUGUAUCCAACAGAUAAAAAUUUAAGAGACUAUCUGGCUUGGCGACAAGCUGAUGUACAUGUCAACAACUUGUACAAUACUUGUUUCUGGAAUCUCAUAUUAAAAGGAAAACUAACUCCAAGUCAGGCAGAAGAAAAACUAAGAGGCACUCUUUCGUCGCACAAGAACGAGUUGCUGUUUCAGGAGUUUGGCAUAAACUAUAACAAUGAGCCACCGCUGUUCCGAAAGGGUACAACACUUAUUCGGAAACUAGUGCCCGAUGGUACGGGAAGAUUGAAACCCGCUGUGGUCCCUUUGGUAGACGAUAUCAUUAACGACCGUUUUUGGAAAGAGAACCCAGAAGUGAUUGGUUUGAAGAGUUUGGCGACGUAUCAACCACCAAACUUGGCGAAUAGCAUUAAAAAUACGAUGCCGGUACCCACGCCGCCAUCGCCCACUGUAAACAUAAAGCACGUAAACAAUGUUCCACCACCACCACCACCACCCACGCAAGCGAUUAACGCCGCUAAUUCAAUAAACGAGGAAGUACAUUCUAAGAGAAAUCGGGAGACGGAUGGAGAUAGAAUGCAGUGCGACAAUGAACGUAAUUGUAGGAGAUAAGUGUAAGUGUUGUGCUUUGUUUUCUUUUUUUUUAUAUAUAAAAAAUAGAACUGAAGUGAGAAACUAUUUAUACUUAUAUAAUACACCAUAGGUGUAAACACUAUGAUAAAUAUAUGACGAACUAUCUAUGGUAAUAUAUAAUAAAAAAAUCUAGAAGAUAUAUCUUACAAAAUUUUAUGCCAGGAGCAGCUCUGCUAAAUGAAUAGAAUAUUAUAUAUAUUUAGCAGCGUGACAAAAAGUUCCCUCUUCAUCUUCGUGAGGAAAAGUAAAUUUAAAUAUGUAAGACAUACAGAUUUACAAGAUAGAUACAAAUGUUAUAAAGGUUUAUAAUAGAAUCGUCAGUAGAUUCAAAAUGUAAAACUAAGGUAACAAUAAGUUAUUCCACACGCGGGCAAAGAUGUAUCUAGAUAAGUAUGUGAAAGGAUAAUCUUGUUGUUAGAAUUAUACGCGAAGCGUAAUCCUGAUAAGACAAAUUUUUUAUUGAUAAGACGUUUUUCUGGCUUUAGCUUAAUGCCAAAAAAGAAGAAGGAUUACAAUAAUAUAUAUUGUUGUAUGUAAAGUUAGACAAUUAUUAAUUGCAUUGUUAAUCAUAUGGAAUGCUGUAUAUUUUUAUUACUUUAUAUUACAAUUCUCGAAUUGAUAAUUACAACAUGAAAUAACACGUGACAAUGACUUACAUUGACGAUUACAAUAAAAUACACUAUGUACACAAAUUCUACUGUACCAUUUUAAACUUCCUCGUCGCGAUCCUAAUUAACAAUUUUAAAAUCACAUAUAUUUAAAAUUGCAAUUAAUUAUAAUUAAAUUAAAUGUGUUAUUAUAAUUCAUGAAUUAUGAUAAUUAAUGCAUAUAAAAAGUAGGACAUAUGUUACGUUAAUUUUGCGGCUGAUUCGUUGAUUAUUAGAACAAAAGAAAAACUUUUUGGAGCACUUUACAAAUCUACUCGUUCGAAUACACAAUUUUAUGGACAUAUCUUUCCCCUUCAAAGUAUUCUGUAAGAAUUUUGAGUCUUUAUAUUUAAAUUUCACCAAUCAUUGCUGCAUUCUGAUGUUCAUUUCCCGUUCACUGAAAAUCUAUAGUAUACGCAACAUUAAUUGUAAAUUUUCAAUAUUGACAGUAAAUAUCGGUUCAACAUAACCGCGGCGAGGAAGUUUUAAAAUCUUGGAAUAUGCGACAAUAACAAUUCUAAAUAAUUCUCAACAUCUGUGUGUGCUUAACCAUAUAUUUACGUACCAUAUUCCAUUGUUUAAAAAUAAAACUUCACGCGAAUAUUAUUUUCUAAAACAAUUAGCAAAUCAAUUCGAUCGAAACAUUAUACAAUGGUGCGCUAUUUGCGUUAUGGAAUCGAAGGCAUAACCGACUUGAUGAAAUAGAUAAUAGAUCAUGAUUAAUCAACUGGUUCAUCGUAAACGUUGUUGUUACGAAAGUAAAUAUAGAUGACUGACAUUGCCGACUCGAUCAUAUAAUUUAAAAUAUAGGGAUAUAAUUGUCUAUUUUAGUACGAUGCUUCUGAGCUACGCAUUCCGCGAUCCAUACAAUAUUACGGCACUCUUGCUCCUUCAAUUUAAGAUAGCUGUAGAAUACCCCAAAGUGAAAUUGUUGAAGAAACGCAUGAACGUUUAAACGAACCUGUAAAUCAAAAUAUGAAAAUUGUUAAAAACAUGUAAUAAAAAAAAUACCAUACUUAUUAA